AUGGCUUCCCAACGGAGAGGGCCAUGGUCGCAACAGGAGGACGCCUACCUGAUGCAGCUCGUCAACGACCAGGGCCCCUUGAACUGGGUUCGGAUUGCCCAAGCCCUGGGAACGAGGACGCCGAAGCAGUGCAGAGAACGAUUCCACCAGAACCUCAAGCCCACACUAAACCACGAGCCCAUCACGCCCGAAGAAGGCGCCCAAAUCGAAAUCCUCGUCAACGAGAUUGGCAAGAGGUGGGCAGAGAUUGCAAGACGUCUGCAUGGCCGCAGUGACAACGCCGUCAAGAACUGGUGGAAUGGCAGCCAGAACCGCCGGAAGCGUCACGAUCGCCGCAGAGCCACCCAGAGCGGCUCCGGCUUCGAUGACCGACGAUACGGCCCAUCUGCCUACCAACGCCCAGCUCUCACCAUCAACUCCCAUGCUGCCUCCAUCCCCUACGCUAGGCAUGGCAUAUCUUCGCCCGUGUCCCCUGCCUUCUACACCCACGGCCACGGCUACUACCAGCUCGAGUCACCUCUUCCAUCUCCAAACUCUACCUCGUCCCCUGGAAGUGACGGUCUCGAUGGCGAGGCAUCUACAGUGUCGGACACUGCCUCCAGCUACACUACAUCUCCUCAGUGCCUGUCGCGGGGUAAUUCGCCAUCCAUCCAACUGGCACCUCUCCGCAUGGACGACAAUUCGGCCCCACGCUCUCUGCCUUCCUUUGGCAGUCUCCUCCAUGCACCGGGUGAUAGCAAAGAAGCCGGACACAUGCGUCUGCCUUCCAUCACAUCUCACCUCUUGACAGCACCCAACUCGCCUGUGGGGACCAUCGUUCAACAGGUGCCACCUCCGACUUCGCCGUCCGCCGCGGAUAAAGAUUCCAGGAUGGACGUCUCUGCGCUGCUUGGAUAA